CGGCCGGGCCGCCGCGCCCUGACCCCCCAAUGGCCACCCGGGCCUCCGGGCCGCGAAGUCGUCGCGCCAGAAGCCGGGCCCCAGAGUGAGCGCGGGGCGCUGAGGAUCUCAUCUGGCCGCCGCGUUCUGGGAGAGGCGAGGGGGAGAGUGCGCGUGAGAGGCGGAGGAGAGAGACACGGCGGGGGAAAGGGAGACGGCGAGACGCGCAGCCGGCGCUCCGAGACCCCGGAGGAGCCCGCAGAGUAAGGGAUGCCAAGAGCCAUGUGACCCAGAAGGGACCCAGCUGACCCAGAAUACCUAGUGCUCAUUUCAGAGAGCGCAGACAGGUCUGUUUGGCCAGCAUCCUGCCCUGCACUGAGCACAGAGACUGGUGCCCUGUGGGAAAGAAGUGCAUGCCCAUUCUGAAGAUAACCAGCCCGAGUCAUGCAGUCUUUUCGAGAAAGGUGUGGUUUCCAUGGCAAACAACAGAACUACCCGCAGACCUCACAGGAAACAUCGCGCCUGGAGAAUUACAGGCAGCCCAGUCAGGCUGGGCUAAGCUGUGACCGGCAACGGCUGCUGGCCAAGGACUAUUACAGCCCACAGCCUUAUGCAGGUUAUGAGGGUGGUACCAGCACACCCUCUGGUGCAGCAACCACAGUGGCUGACAAGUACCACCGAGGCAGCAAGGCCCUGCAGGGGAGGCCAGCUUUCCCUGGCUAUAGCAGCGUCCAGGACAGCAGCCCCUACCCGGGACGCUAUUCUAGUGAGGAAGGUCUGCAGGCCUGGGGGGCUCCACAGCCACCUCCCCCUCAACCACAACCCCUGCCAGGAGGGGUGGGAAAGUAUGAAGAGAACUUGAUGAAGAAGACAGCGGUGCCCCCAGGCAGGCAGUACUCCGAGCAGGGCACCCAACUUCCCUUCCGGACUCACUCUUUGCAUGUCCCCCAGCCUCCGCCUCAGCUGCCACAGCCCCAGCAACCCUUGGCAUACCCCAAACUCCAAAGGCAGAAACUGCAGAAUGACCUCGCCUCUCCCCUGCCUUUUCCCCAGGGCAGCCACUUUCCCCAGCACUCCCAGUCCUUCCCCACCUCCUCUACCUUCUCCUCGUCUGUCCAGGGUGGCAGCCAGGGGACCCACUCUUACAAGAGUUGCACAGCACCGUCUUCCCAGCCCCAUGACAGGCCACUGACUGCCAAUGCCAGCCUGGCCCCGGGGCAGCGGGUCCAGAACCUUCACACCUACCAGUCAGGCCGCCUUGGUUAUGAGCAACAGCAGCAGCAGCAGCAGCAGCAAGCACUUCAGAGCCGGCACCAUGCCCAGGAAACCCUCCAUUACCAAAACCUCGCCAAAUACCAACACUACGGACAGCAAGGCCAGGGCUACUGCCAGCCGGAUGCGGCCGUCAGGACUCCAGAGCAGUAUUACCAGACCUUCAGCCCCAGCUCCAGCCACUCCCCUGCACGCUCCGUGGGCCGCUCACCUUCCUACAGCUCCACCCCAUCGCCGCUGAUGCCCAACUUGGAGAACUUUCCAUACAACCAGCAGCCACUCAGCACCGGAGCCUUCCCCACGGGUAUCACCGACCACAGCCACUUCAUGCCCCUGCUCAACCCCUCCCCGACCGAUGCUGCUGGCUCUGUGGACACCCAGGCCAGCAACUGCAAGCCCCUGCAAAAGGACAAGAUCCCUGAGAACCUGCUGUCAGAUCUCAGCCUGCAGAGCCUCACGGCCCUGACCUCACAGGUGGAGAACAUCUCCAACACUGUGCAGCAGCUCCUGCUGUCCAAGGCUGCCGUGCCGCAGAAGAAAGGGGUGAAGAACCUUGUGUCCAGGACUCCAGAACAGCACAAGAGCCAGCACUGUAGCCCUGAGGGCAGUGGCUACUCGGCAGAGCCAGCAGGCACACCACUGUCCGAGCCACCGAGCAGCACACCACAGUCCACCCAUGCCGAGCCCCAGGAGGCAGACUACCUAAGCGGCUCUGAGGACCCUCUGGAGCGCAGCUUUCUCUACUGCAGCCAGGCCCGUGGCAGCCCUGCCAGGGUCAACAGCAACUCCAAGGCCAAGCCUGAGUCUGUGUCUACCUGUUCUGUGACCUCACCUGAUGACAUGUCCACCAAAUCUGAUGACUCCUUCCAGAGCCUGCACAGCACUCUGCCGCUGGACAGCUUUUCCAAGUUCGUAGCAGGCGAGCGGGACUGCCCACGGCUGCUGCUCAGCGCACUGGCACAGGAAGACCUGGCCUCAGAGAUCCUGGGGCUGCAGGAGGCCAUCGGGGAGAAGGCUGACAAGGCCUGGGCCGAGGCUCCUGGACUGCCCAAAGAUGCCAGCAAGCCGCCCUUCUCACUGGAGAACCACAGCGCCUGCCUGGACUCCGUAGCCAAGACUGCAUGGCCACGGCCAGGGGAGCCAGAGGCCCUGCCUGACUCCUUACAGCUGGACAAGGGUGGCAGCACCAAGGAUUUCAGCGCAGGGCUGUUUGAAGACCCUUCUGUGGCCUUUGCCACCCCUGACCCCAAAAAGACAACCAGUGCCCUGUCCUUUGGCACCAAGUCCACUCUUGGGGCUGCUGCUCCAGACCCCACCACGGCAGCAUUUGACUGCUUCCCAGACACAACCACCGCCAGUUCAGUGGACAGUGCCAACCCCUUUGCCUGGCCAGAGGAGAACCUGGGGGAUGCUUGUCCCCGGUGGGGAUUACACCCUGGUGAACUCACCAAAGGCCUGGAGCAGGGUGGGAAGACCUCAGAAGGACUGGGCAAAGGGGAGGCCCAUGAGGCUUCGGCCUGCCUGGGCUUCCAGGAGGAGGAGCCCUCGGGGGACAAGGCAGCCCUGCUGCCUGGGGAUUUCAAGCAGGAGGAGGCGGGCGGGGUGAAGGAGGAGGCGGGCGGGCUGCUGCAGUGUCCCGAUGUGGGCAAGGCUGACCGGUGGCUGGAGGACAGCCGACACUGCUGUUCUGCUGCUGACUUUGGGGACCUGCCACUGCUGCCAGCCCCUGGCAGAAAGGAGGACCUGGAGGCUGAGGAGGAGUACUCGUCCCUGUGUGAGCUACUGGGCAGCCCAGAGCAGAGGCCGGGCCUGCAGGACCCACUCUCACCCAAGGCCCCGCUCAUCUGCACCAAGGAGGAGGCUGAGGAAGUGCUGGACUCCAAGGCUGCCUGGGAUUCCCCGUGCCACCUCUCUGGGGAGUCCGUCAUCUUGCUGGGCCCCACAGUGGGUGCUGAGUCCAAGGUCCAGAGCUGGUUUGAGUCCUCCCUGUCCCACAUGAAGCCAGGUGAGGAUAGGCCUGACGCAGAGCGGGCUCCAGGGGACUCUGCCUCCUCGGACCCCUCCCUGGCCCCCAAACUGAGCAAGCCCGCUGUGCCCGAGGCACCGAUUGCUAAGAAAGAGCCUGUGCCACGGGGCAAAAGUUUACGAAGCCGGCGGGUACACCGGGGGCUGCCUGAGGCCGAGGACUCCCCAUGCAGGGCCCCUGCGCUGCCCAAAGACCUCUUGCUCCCUGAGUCCUGCACGGGGCCCCCACAAGGACAAAUGGAAGGGGCUGGGGCUCCAGGCCGGGGGGCCUCAGAAGGCCUUCCCAGAAUGUGUACCCGCUCCCUCACUGCCUUGAGUGAGCCCCGCACACCUGGACCGCCAGGCCUGACCACCACCCCCGCGCCCCCGGACAAACUGGGGGGCAAGCAGCGAGCUGCCUUCAAGUCUGGAAAGCGGGUGGGGAAGCCCUCGCCCAAGGCUGCAUCUAGCCCCAGCAACCCGGCUGCCCUGCCUGUGGCCUCAGACAGCAGCCCCAUGGGUUCCAAGACCAAGGAGACGGACUCCCCCGGCACACCUGGCAAGGACCAGCGCUCCAUGAUCCUCCGGUCCCGUACCAAACCCCAGGAGAUCUUCCACGCCAAGCGGAGGCGGCCCUCUGAGAGCCGGCUCCCCAACUGCCGUGCCACCAAGAAACUCCUUGCUAACAACCACCUGCCCACCACGUUCAAGGUCUCCAGCAGCCCCCAGAAGGAAGGCCGGGUGAGCCAGCGGGCAAGAGUCCCUAAGCCCGGCACAGGGGGCAAGCUUUCAGAUCGGCCCCUCCACGCACUCAAAAGGAAGUCAGCCUUCCUGACGCCUGUCCCCACCAAGAAGCGGAACCUCGUGCUACGGAGCAGCAGCAGCAGCAGCAAUACCAGUGGCAGCGGUGGGGACGGGAAGGAGGAGAGGGCUGAGGGUUCCCCCAACCUCUUCAGGAGGGUGUCCUCCCCCAAGAAGGCCAAGCCCAAGGGAAGUGGUGAGCCUCCCACCAAGCCACCACCCCUGGAGACCCCUGACACCUGCAUCAAGCUCGCCUCCCGGGCAGCCUUCCAGGGUACCAUGAAGACUAAGGUGCUGCCACCCCGGAAGGGCCGGGGCCUGAAGCUGGAGGCCAUCGUGCAGAAGAUCACCUCGCCCAGCCUCAAGAAGUUCGUGUGCAAAGUGCCAGGGGCCCCUCUUGGGACUCCUCUGAGCCCAGCCCUCCCGGACAAAGACCGUGGUGGGCUCAAGAGUGCUGGGGGCAGCCCAGCUGGGGCAGAAGAGGGUCUGGUAAGCAUGGGUACUGGGCAGAAACUCCCGGCGGCUUCGGGAGCAGACCCAUUGUGCAGAAACCUGGCCAACAGGGCCUUAAAAGGCAAGCUCGUGAACAGUAAGAAACUGUCCUCACCUGACUGUUUCAAAAGUGAGGCCUACCCACCUGCAGAGGCCCUGCAACCCGGGGGGACUGCCCUAGCACCGAAGAAGAGGAGCCGGAAAGGCAGGGCAGGAGCACCAGGACUUUCCAAAAUCCCACUGGAGAAGCGGCCCUAUCUUGGCCCAGCUCUGCUCCUCACUCCCCGAGACAGGGUCAGCAGCAUGCAGGGGGAUGUCGAGGACAACUCUGGUGGUGGAGGAGGAGGAGGCAAGAAGCCAAAGACAGAGGAGCUGGGCCUGGCCUCCCAGCCUCCAGAAGGCCGACCCUGCCAGCCCCAGACAAGGGCACAGAAGCAGCCAAGCCACACCAACUACAGCAGCUACUCCAAGCGGAAGCGUCUGACCCGAGGCCGAGCCAAGAACACCAAUGCUUCCCCCUGUAAGGGGCGUGCCAAGCGGAGACGGCAGCAGCAGGUACUGCCCCUGGAUCCUGCAGAGCCUGAAAUCCGCCUCAAGUACAUUUCCUCUUGCAAGCGGCUGAGGGCAGACAGCCGGACCCCAGCCUUCUCACCCUUCGUGCGGGUGGAGAAGAGAGACGCAUUCACCACCGUGUGCACUGUUGUCAACUCCCCCGGGGGCGAGCCCAAGCCCCAUAGGAAGCCUUCCUCUUCCACCUCCUCCUCUUCCUCGUUCUCCUUAGACUCAGCUGGGGCCUCUCUGACCACACUCCCUGGAGGCUCCAUCCUGCAGCCUCGGCCCUCCCUGCCCCUCUCCUCUACCAUGCACCUGGGGCCUGUAGUGUCCAAGGCCCUGAGUACCUCUUGCCUUGUUUGCUGCCUCUGCCAAAACCCAGCCAACUUCAAGGACCUUGGGGACCUCUGUGGGCCCUAUUACCCUGAACACUGCCUCCCCAAAAAGAAGCCAAAACUCAAGGAGAAGGUGCGGCCAGAAGGCAUGUUCGAGGAGGCCUCACUCCCCCUUGAGAGAACAGUCAAAGGCCUCGAGUGUGUGGCCACCGCGGCCACCACCGCCGCUGCCACCACCACCACCACCACUGGGAAACCCCCCAGGCCUGACGGCCCAGCUGACCCGGCCAAGCAGGGCUCGCUGCGCACCAGCGCCCGGGGCCUGUCCCGGCGCCUGCAAAGUUGUUACUGCUGUGAUGGUCGGGGGGACGGGGGCGAGGAGGUAGCCCCAGCCGACAAGAACCGCAAGCAUGAAUGCAGCAAAGGGGUCCCCACAGAGCCUGGUGGGGAUACCCAGGAGCACUGGGUGCAUGAGGCCUGUGCUGUGUGGACCAGCGGGGUCUACCUGGUGGCCGGGAAGCUCUUUGGGCUGCAGGAGGCCAUGAAGGUGGCCCUGGACAUGACAUGUUCCAGCUGCCAAGAAGCCGGGGCCACCAUCGGGUGCUCCUACAAAGGAUGCGUCCACACCUACCACUAUCCGUGUGCCAGCGACGCGGGUUGCAUAUUCAUCGAAGAGAACUUUUCUUUGAAGUGUCCCAAGCAUAAGAGGCUGCCAUUGUAAUCCACCACGCCGACUGGAGGAGCCGCCGGAGCCCGCCUGCCCGUCCGCCGCCGAAGGAGAGGAGCCGCCUGCGCACCCUGGAGCUUUGAGCUGCUCCCGGCGCGGGCGCGGAGCCGAUCCAUGAUCCGAGUUCCGGAUCUUGGAUCCGGCCGCCAAGGGCUCAGACUUGCGGCCUCGGGUUGGAAGGAAACCCUGUUCCGGAGUAGCUCGCUUCCGGAACCGGACGACGUGUGGGGCGCUCUGACCCACCACCCCCGGAGCCAGGCUUGGAGAGUGGAGCCGGCGGAGUGGUCAGACUCCUCGCGGCUCGGGGCACCCUGCCUCUGGCGGGGGUGGGAGAUGGCUGUGGCCCGGGGACGCUGCCCCCCCCCGUCCCCCCCCCCCGCCUGAAAGUUCGACGUGGCACACAUUCCUCGGGGGUGCUGCCGCCGCCGUCCCGGGGCGGUGGCGACCCUGUGAGAGGCCUGGGGCGUCUCGAGGAGGGGCAAACCGAAGCCUUUCUGAAGAAGGAGGCCAGGCGGGCGUGGAGGGGGGCAGAGGCUUUGGGAAAAGCCCUCGGAACGCGGCCAAGAGUUCUUCCUACCCAGUCUUUGCCAAAGCUUUUGUGCGGGUCGGGCACAGCCCGGGUAGUCGUAGGCCUAAGCUCAGGGGGUGCGGGGAGGGGAGGGGGGUAGAGACUGGGACACCCUUUUGCUUCUGUUUGUACCCUUUCUGAUCCUCCUCCCAUCCCUGGAGCUCAGCCUGGACGCACAGCAAAAAAAAAAAGAAAGAAAAAGAAGAGACCAGACCCAGGUACCUCCUGCGGAUGCAGUCGUCCCAAAGCACCAUGGUCACGGUCAUUUCCAGGAACCGCAGCGCCCACUCGGCACGGGAGCAGGGACAGCGCUAGAUUCGUGUACAAAACCUGUGUACCCCUCUAUAUAUAUGUUACAUAGAAUGUAUAUAUGUUGGGAACAUGCUCGCUUCUCCCUUGUGUCGCCGCCGUGCGUCGUGCGCCCCGCAGCACAGAACCCCCAACCGGGCCCUUUCAGGAGAAGGGGCUACUGUGAUGUCCCUUCCCCGUGCAGCCACCACCAGCCCGGGCCAGUCCUUGCCAGUCUGUCCACCUGUCCGUCCGUGUCCUCAGCUCUGUCCACGCUUCGAUAGGCCUGACGCAGCCCCCUGCCCGGGGUCGCCCUAGCAACUUCCUGUACAUAUGACUGUAAAAUGGUAAACGUGUGUAUUAUAUCUGGCCUCGUUAUAUAGUGUAUAUAUAUGUAUACAUAUACAUAUAUAUAAUAUAUAUGAAGACUGUAAAUGUUAAGACGACUAGUGUUCUUAUUAGUAUAUUGCUUCACACUGAAGAUUGUGUGUAUCGAGCUGUUUCUAAAAGAUGUUUAUUUUCCUUAAGAGUUAAAAAAAAAAACAGUCAUUGCAUUCAGAAAAAAAAAAAGUCAAUAAAGAUACAACGAUUGUUUU